CAGAGAGAGAGAAGCCAGCCAGAGAGAGCUGAGCAAGCCUGAAUCUACUGAGGGGUUCCCCCACCCCACAAAAGCCUCCUGACAAUGCUGUCAUUGUCAAGUACAAAGAGUUGGUAAUUCUUAAUGAAUAGUCCAUGGGGCCUCUUGACUAAAUAGUGCGUUCCAUGGCCCAAAUCUGUCAGCUGGAGGCUUCUCCCGCCCUGGCGAGUGAGUGAGUGGCACAGCACGGCCGGGAAUGCAGCAGGAGCCAGGCAGCUGGCAGGACCGCCUGGGCACACAGACCUUAGGGAGCCUGCUCUCCGAAGUAGAGGAAGCCUGUCCUGGAGAGGCCCCUGUCAACCUCUGGUCCAAGCCCCCCAUUCUAGAGAAAGAGAAACAGGCCCGGGGGAGAGGACUUGCCCAGGAUCACACGGAUGAUCUUUUGACCCCCAGUUUCUACCUUGUUCUCAGCCUAAGUUCUGUCUCCUACUGUUUUCUCAGCCAUUCUCUCUCUCCUCCUCCCCACUAAAUUCUGAGUUUAAAUAUGGAUUCAGAUCCACUGAUGGUUUUGUUGGUGAUCAUCAUCCUAGCGCGGUUUAUUCUAUGGUCCUGUCUGGGGACUUUUGUUGAUUAUCGACUGGCCCGCAGGCGACCCAGCAAAGCCAAGAAGGACUAGAGUCCUCAGCCAGUCAGUCUGGAUUUUGGCCGGAGAUGGGGUAGUCCUGGGCUCUGGAGCAAAAGUAUAAGCCUCUUCUCAGUGCUCCUUCUUUCUUGGGGAUGACUUUGCUUCUGAUUCUGGCAGGAGAAGCCAGUUUGGGAACAGGGGUCUUCCAGACUCCUUGGUGAUGGUUCGGGGAUGGCCCAGUGAACUUUAGCCAUUCUGCUCUCCUCCCUUAGACUGUGCUCCUUGAACUGAGAUAGAAGUGUAAUCUGAAAGCUAGGGCAGAAGCUUGUUCUCCCUGCAAAGGCUGCCAAAGUAGGGAAGCAGAGAGAGCCGGGGAGGUGAGGCAGAAGGGGAAGAAGGACAGGGCUUUACCUUCCUAGAGAAAGUAAAGCUUCAGCAAUCUAGGGAAGGUGGGAAGAGGAAAUGAGAAGGGAGAGCAUGAGAGAUGGCCAGCGAUGCAUCUUGUUUGAGGAAGGAUACAGAUGCAAUGUCACUGGAUGGCCACGGAGGGAGGUCUGAGAAGACUUUUGUUGGUCACCUACUCACCUGCCCAACAUGGUUCAAUCUGCUGGUCAUUGAGAUGGGGUGGGGACAGAUUCACUAUGGAAAAUGGGAACCCAGAUACAAAAACACAGGACUCACUUCAUCAACACUCAGUGGCUUGACUUAACUUUCCAUUUCACAUUUAGAUGUCCUUGGACAUGUAAUAGCUGUGAGACCCCAGUCAAGUCACCCAAUCUCUGCAUGUCUCAGAUCCUCAACUGUAAAAUGGAGAUCAUAAGAGCACCUACCUCACAGGAUUGUUGUGGGGAUCAAGUGAGAUAAUAUUUAUAAAAAUGCUCAAUACAGUGCCUGACACUCGGUGCCUUAAGAAAUAAUUCUUCUAUCUACAUUCUAUUUGUAUUUAUAAAAGAGAACUGAAUAAUGGAAGGGAGGAGGGACAUCACUGAAAAAGAAAAUUGUAUACAACAGGAUGACCGACUAAAGUUCUAUGUUUACUUGAGAAGGAUUUGCCUAAAUUAACAGGUCAUUUUCUCUCUUGGGAUAUGUGCAGAGGGUUGGGGAAGUCACAUGUCCUUCAAGUGGUCUCAAUGCUAAGGAAUCUGGUUGGAUGACGACUGUCCAUAUGGAGAUAUCCCUGAACUUCCUUGUUCACCAAUUCCUCCAUUUUUUAGUUUUCCAAGCUCUAAAAUUUCAUGUGUAAUGGUGCUCCACUUGUAACUUGUAGCAUGAAGAGCUGUGGCCAAGAAUGCUUCUGCUCUGGGUGGCUGGCCUUUGGGGAUGGAGCUCUCUACCCUGACUAAGGCUAGUCUUUGACAAGGAGCCACUGAGGUCAAGACCCAAAGCCUUCCCAUCAUAGCAGGAUUUUUCAGGUUCAUGUUCUUUUGGGAGAACCCACAAUCACCUCUGGAAGCUCCUACGUCUAUGGGAGGCUUUGGAGAAACUUAAUGUUAGAAAAGGUUAAUGCUUAAGAAAAGAGGACUAUUUUUCCGCUGAGGACUAUUUUUCCGCUUUAAAGUUGAAAUAAUAACAAGUGAUAUCUCUUUAAGGCUUUCAUGUAUACAAAACUCUUUAUAAACACUAUCUUUUAAGAGCUUCAUUACAACAUUGAGAGCUUGGGACUACAGUAUUGUAAUCUCCAUUUUACUAAAAGGAAAUUUACACUUAACAGGGUGUAGUGACUUAAAAAAGGGUGACAUAGCUUGUGAAUGUGGAGAAGGGAUUGGAAUUCAGGUUUUUCUGACCCCAGGUCGAGGGUUCUAGCCCCUGUAUCAUGCUGCCCUCAAUUCAAUGUUAAGAUAAAAUUGAAAAUUCUUCUUAGGCCAUAAAUUAUCUUUUAUCUACUUAUCUAUGUGCACCUCGUGUUCCUCCUUUAGAGAGUAGGUUCUUUGAAGGCAGCCUUCUUUUUUAAAAAAAAAAAUUCAAA